GCACGCGUAGGCUAUGGCUGAUAGAUAUGGCUGGUAGUGCUAGCAAGAAGGUCUCCAGCGCCUGCCAACGAUGUCGCCGCCAGAAACUGAAGUGCGAUAUAAGCCGCCCAUGUACUUUAUGCAGAAGGGCAGGUGUGGAUUGUCAAAAUACGACUCCUGCCCGCUGGAGGGCUUACCAACAAGACCAAGCCCUGGAAUCGGAGCCAGCUGCCAAACGGAUCCGUACUGUGGUUGCUGAGCCAGUAGAGGCGAUCACUCCAUCGCAUAGUGGUUCUCAUCGUUCGUCUUUCGCAGCUCAACCAAGCUCCAUAGAUGAGGAAGAAAAUUGUACGAUAGUCCACCAACCGUCCGCGUCGGGCAAUCAUCAAUCGUGGAAUUCUAGCUCGACGAUGGCCCUAGUAGAUGGGGCGUUUCAUUUGCACAAUGCAGCUACACCUGGAACUGCGGCGACCAACGCUAUUCCUGGAGCCCAGCUGAAUGACUUUGAGUCCGACGUGUCAGAAGAAGCAACCUCGGUAAAGGUUGCCGCGAGUGAUCGUGUCGCACCGGCAACAAGUCGCCUUCCUCCAGUAAUGCGGUCGUUAACGUACUCAUCUCAAUCCGCCGUUUCGGACCUCAUGUCACUCCUUCCAGUCCAGGAGGCUGCGGCUCUGCUUGUAGAUACCUACUUUGACCGAGUGCACUGGUUCAUGCUUAUUUUCCACCAAGAUACAUUUCGGCAACGGUGGCCAAAGCUUUACAAGCAAGCGAGCUCGCGAACCUCAAAUUGUCCCCGGGAUUUGGGCUUUAUAAGCACGUUUCUAUUGGUCAUCGCUAUCGGGCUCCAAUAUACUGGGGAACAUCGCCGCCAUCUAUUGGCUACGUACGGUAUAGACCCAGAGAAACUUAAAGAGCAGAUUUUCUCUGCCGUGAGAACACGUUUGUUGGACAUAGUUUCGGUUGGCUCCCUAGAGGUUGUACAGAUGUGCGUGUUACUUGGGACUUACUACCUAUACCACGGUGCCCCUCGACUGGCGUGGCCGGUGUGCGGCUGUGGGCUGCGCAUAGCUCAGGCCCUAGGGCUUCAUCGUAAGAUGUCCUCAAGCUCCCAGCAGUCAUCCCUGGGAAGCACUGCCCUACGCCAGCUGAAUGAAACAAGGAAACGAGGAUGGUGGGCUAUCUAUGAAAUUGAAACCUUCUGCUCAAUGACAUACGGAUACCCCCUCAGCAUCAAAGAUUCGGACUGCGAAGUUGAACCGCUUGACCCUGCAUUUAACUCCCCCAUUGGACAAUCGUCAUCUUCAUUUGAUGAGCCACUCACAGGCGAGGUGACUUUGCUAUCUUACAAAUAUCUCAUGUCCAAGCUAGCAGUCAUAACCAAGGAUGCCUUAUCCGAAUUGUACCAUGUCCGUCUCGAUCCUGCGGAAGGUUCCCGCCUGCAUCACUCGACCUUGGAUCCGCGCUAUGUUAUUGAGAAGGUCCGCGCGAUUGAUACUAAGCUGCGACAAUGGCACACAGAGGUGCCUUUCAAGCUACGGUGGGAAAAUAUGAGUGCGGCUGAUGUCAGCUACUCAUCUCCACAGGCAGUUGACCGCGAUAUCGGUGCCUCAGGCCCCCUUUUUGAAAGCCAUAUAUAUCAGCUCCAGGCACUAACCCUCACGCUUGCUUACGAAAACGCUAAGAUCUUGGUUCAUCGUCCGCUACUCUCGUAUAAGGCCGUUACUCAUUCCUCUAAUUCUGACCGCAGUGGCUACACAGAGUCUUCCCCGAACUACACAAGUCCCUUUCAUUCUUCGCUUCAGACUUGCCGGGCUGCUGCCAUGAGCAUGGCCCAAAUGGCCUCCAAUCCGAUUGUCAAUCUCAUAUCAGAAACCUACGCUACAGCCUUCGUCAGCAUCCACACCUUUACAGCUGGAGUGACCUUAGGUAUCCUCAGUAGUAUUGACCCUCUAGGGCCGCAGUCUCGCGAUGCAAAAAUUGGGAUGCAUCAGCUCAUGGGCAUUCAGAUGAAACUAAAGGAUCGAUCAGUUCUUGCUGCCCAAGGACUGGACAUUCUCAAGCGCCUCACGAAGCUUGUAAUUGAGAAAGAACUCAAUGUGAUGCUUGACCUGUCCAAACCUAUCGGGCUCUCGCGACCGAAUGAUGGUGGAGGUGCCAGUACACCUGGUUGGAUCGAACAAGCUCAACUUAAUGAGAACGGCGGUUCUACAACAAAUAUUCGUCAUACAGAUGACACAACAUAUCCUAUUCAUAACCAACAGCCAGAGAUACCCGUAGCGGAUUCCAUCUACCCUUUCAACGUGAUGGGCGAGAGUGCCCUUCAAUAUACAGGAGACCCUGCCUUAUCCGAGGCCAUAUAUAAUUUCGAUCAAGGUAUGAAUAAUUCCUGUAUUUUCUUGGCUUCUGUCGCUAAUACUUCAACUAGCACUAUCUAUAUAUGCCCCUCGAUCACCAGCGGAUCCAGAAGAGUCACAUAA